ACAUAUAUAUUUCCAAACUUCAAGCACAGAUCUAGCAAGUGAAACCAAGAAAAAGAAGGAGCUUCUCAUUUUUCAACCAUGGCUAGUAGAAUCCUUCCCAUCUCAAAGAUUGCACUUCUGUCCCUCCUCAUUUGCGCUGCCCUGGUUUCAGCAGAUCAAGAAGAAGAGAGAGACAUAGACGAUCAAAAGCUUCUUCUUGGCUUCAAAAAGGAGAAGCUCAGCCACUUCCGGUUCUACUGGCACGACACGUACAGCGGCCGAAACCCUAGCGCCGUGAGAGUCGUAGAACCGCAGGGCAAUAAGACAACGAAGAGCGGGUUCGGAUCGGUGACCAUGAUCGACAAUCCGCUGACUGAAAAGCCGGAGCUGGGCUCCAAGUUGUUGGGAAGGGCUCAAGGAUUCUACGGAAUAACUUCGAGAGAAGAGUUUUCCCUGUUGAUGGCUAUGACCUUUGUUUUCGUUCAAGGAAAGUACAAUGGCAGUACUAUUACUAUUUUCGGACGGAAUCGUGUCGCCGACAAGGUUCGAGAGAUCCCGGUCAUAAGUGGCAGCGGCCUUUUCCGGUUUGCCCGGGGCUAUGCUCAAGCCAGCACUUACAGCUUUGAUCCUGUCUCUCUGGACGCCGUAGUUGAGUAUAAUGUUUAUCUGCUCCAUUAUUAAACUUAUCAACAUGAUAUGGUCACUACUGUGUUGUUGUUUUGUUGAGUGCUAUAUGUUUAGUUUCCUUUUUGUCUUGGUUUUCAAUAUUUUUUUUUUUUCCAUUUAGCCGUGCUAUGUGUGAUUAGUCCUUUUUAAUAUUUGGACGAGCUAAUUAUGAGAACUAGUCUGUAAUUGUAUGAUGGGUGCUUAAGAAAUAUGUUUCUAAUUCAAUCGUUGC